AUGAUCUCCAAGGCUCGAGAAACAGUCAAGAUGCUCGUCUUGGAGACGGAUCAGACCGAUCCCAAUACCAUGGAAGAAAGCGGCAGUUUUGGCCAGAUCAUCGACAGACUCUUCACCACUGCUGGAAACAACCAUGAGCCGCCUCUCGGUAUUGAAGUAGAAAUGCUCUUCGUGGUAGAAGACGAGGAGAACGGACACAAUGGUCACGUCCCGACCGCCUCAUCAAUCCCCUCCGAUGUCCACGCCAUUCUCAUCACCGGCAGCAUGUACGACGCGCACGGCUCCGAUGCAUGGAUCCUCAAGCUCAAAUCCCUCAUCACAGAGCUAUGGAAAACCCGACCAGACAUCAAAUUUGCAGGAAUUUGUUUCGGCCACCAAUUACUCGCCCGAACCCUCGGAGCCACCGUCGAGCCAGAAGAAGGCUCGAAAUGGGAACUCGCGCACACGGAAAUGGACCUUUCAUCAGUGGGCCAAAAGCUCUUCAAAACACACGACAACACACUCCAUGUGCACCAAAUGCAUCAAGAUCAAGUAACGACAUUACCUUCAUCCCAAACCACAAAUCUGUUGGGGAAAAAUCAAAAAGUUCACAUUUGGGCUUCGACAAAUCAUACCAGCAUUCAAGGCUUGUAUAUCCGAGACCGCUUGUUUUCGAGUCAGGGCCAUUUGGGAUUGGACGAGACGAUGGUGAGGAGGCAAGUGGAAGCGAGAAUUCAAUCGGGAGCGAUUGAUGUGGAUGAGGAUCGCAAGGCGGUGCAGUAUGCGAAAGAGACGGCGCAUAUGGAACAUGAUGGUGAGGUUAUCGCUAGUGCGAUUUUGAGAUUCUUUCAUGGUGAUGAUCAUGAUAUUGCGUGA